GGGGCUGUCACCCCACUGCACCCCACAUCCACAUGCGUGUCCAUGAGCACGGCAGUGCCCACGCUCGCUCACAUGGGCAAUGCUGUUCCAUCCCCAGGGCAUCAUGAAACAGACUUCCGCCUCCUUAUCCAGCCAGCAGAUCGCUGGGGAGGCAGCGGUGAGGCCCGGGAGCCUGUGCAAGCUGAAGGCCCCAGGGAAAUGCCUGUGCUGCUCCCACUGCUUUAACUGCUGCCUCGCCGGAUGAGAUCCUUCUAUAGGGACUGAGAUCCUUCUAUAGGGACAUGGUGCUCCAUCACAUGGAGGGGAGCUGCGGAGAUGCUCCUUUUUGGGUGAAGGGAUGAACCUUGGCUCAUUAAUGCUAGGGACAGCCGUGGGGCUUCCCUGGAGCACGGCACUGCUGGAUGAGCCCUGCAGGGGCAGUGGAUGGGGAAAUCAGGGAUGAGGCCCAGCUGCAGCACGAGGGGUCAGGGUGUGGAGAGCAGAACUUGUGGCUCUCAGCCUCCCUGCAAGGCUCCACCCCCACUCUCCUGCGACUUUCAUAACCCAGCGUGCUGCCACGUGUCUGCACAGACCCCGGCUGCCUUGGGGGACACGGGGCUCAUCCUGUGCUCCAGCUGAUAUGUCCAAGUCAGUACGCUGAGGGCAGGAUGGGAAAAGAGGGCUAAGCAGUGCAGGGAGCUGUAGAACCUGCCCCAUGGACAAGGGGUGGCCCUGGCACAUGGAAAAGCGAUGGCAGAUUGAGUUUUAGAUGGGGUGCAGCAAUCCACCUUGGAGUUAACACAGGCUGCCUUGUCCUCGCCGCACUGUGACACCAAAUACUUCAACUGAGGUGUAGCCCUCGAGCUCAUGCACCUUCCUCUCCUAUGUAGGAACAGUGGGACAGAGCUGUCGUCUCCCUCUGCAGGCAGCAGGUCUGGAAAGAUGACUCGCUGCCAGGUGGUUGCCAUCCUCCUGCUUUCCUUCCUUCCCAGGACCGCAGCUGGGAGUUCGCUUCCCACCCUCGUUCCUCGGUCCACGGUGCAGCUGGGCAGAGCGCGGUUCUCGGCACGGCCCAUGCUGGAGUUGGCUACACGCUGUGACCAGGCGUGUGUCCGGAGGGAGGCCGUCCUGCUCCCCCAGGACUUCCAGGAGUACCUCUUUUAUGAGACACUGUACGCCAACGGCACCCGCACUCUCACCACGGUGGAGCUGAGCCCCAGUGAGGGCAGCACAGAGAGGAGGUGGCCGAGGAGGCGCACGCGGCGCAAGCGACAGAUUUACGGCACGGAUGGGCGGUUUUCCAUCAGUGGGAACCACUUCCUGAUGGACUAUCCCUUCUCCACCACGGUUAAGAUCUCCACGGGGUGCACGGGGGUGCUGGUGUCUGAGCAGCACGUCCUCACGGCUGCCCACUGCGUCCACGAUGGCCGAGACUAUGUGAAGGGUGCCAAGAAGAUCAAGGUGGGCUUCCUGACGCCAGCCAAUGGCACGGGGAGGCCGGUGAUGCGCUGGGCUCGUGUGCGGCGCACGCAGGUGCCCAAGGGUUGGAUCCAGAGCCUCAACUCGCUCAGCAUGGACUAUGAUUACGCCCUUUUGGAGCUGCGCAAACCACACCGGCGCCUGCACAUGGAGCUGACGGUGGCUCCGGCAGCGGAGGAAAUGGCUGGGAAGAGGAUUCAUUUCUCAGGGUUUGACAGUGACCGGCCAGGAGAGCUGGUGUACCGCUUCUGUGGGGUGGAGGAUGAGACGGCACACCUCAUCUACCAGCACUGUGAUGCCAGGCCUGGCGCAUCCGGCUCUGGGGUGUAUGGCAAGGUGUGGGAUCCCGUGCAGCACAAGUGGGAGAGGAAGGUGAUCGGCAUCUUCUCUGGGCAUCAGUGGCUGGAAGUAGGGGGGGAGCAGCACGACUAUAACGUUGCUGUUCGCCUGACUGCUCCCAAGUUUGCUCAGAUUUGUUAUUGGAUCAGAGGGGACUAUAAAAGCUGCCAAAAUGAAUGAGAACUGGAGCCUUCCUCCUCUUCUCCCCAGUGCAGACAGCUCUGAGUGUGGUGUUUGUGAGUGAGAAUGAGUGUGAGGAGGAGCAUUGCCUGCCAGAACUGCUCCGCUGCUAAACUUAAUUCUAUCCUGGAGUGACAGGGUCUCUGCUACACACAUAGGAUCCAGUGGAGAGACCCAGCUAAGCCUGAAGAGUGUGUAAGCUCUUUUGGUGAACUCAGCAUCGGACUUCUUUGCUAGAGAGUCAGGUCUGGGCUGCUACCAGCAGCAGGUUAACUGCUAGCAGCUCUUAGAGUCAGUCACUGCAUGCCUGUUUCCCAGCUGCACUGUUUCCCUUGGGUCACUUCAGGUGUCUCGGUUUGCUGGCUGUGCUGCCCUGCUCGGCACUGCCCCAGUUCUGUGAGGACAAAGGACUUUUUCUUCUAACAGCGCCUUUGUGUGACUGAUGAAAGAUGCCUGAAAAGCAACCCUGGAGCCUGCGGUUUUUGGGCACAGUGCUCCAGCAAGGAGCGCAGCCAGGGCAGGGGGGGCUCCUCCAGCAUGCUGGCAGCGCUGGUCUUUGAUCACACCCCUGGCAAGGGAUGUUCUUCUGACUGAUGCAGUGUGGUGCCAUGUAGGUACCUACAUGCUGCAGCACAGGCUAAGAGCUAGGAUUGCCUACUUACUUGUAAACCUUCUCAUCUCUCUUUAAUUCUCUGUGGGAUGGGUGGCUUUAGAAGAAAGGCAUUUACUGCAGCUGUAGUAUUUGAGAUGGAUUCUUUUAAACAAAUACAUGUAUUUGAAUAAAUGUCAGCACAAAUCUCUUUGCAAAUGUUAUGCUGAAAAGGGAAUGGUGCACAGCUUGCCAACACUGGUCUGGGACCUGCUGAAGGAGGGAGGUACUCUCCCUCCAGGCAGAGAUGAGCAGGACAUGCAGACCUGUGCAGAGAAGAAAUUGCAGUAUCUUGAGAAGCAGGGACAGACAUGCCUGCCACAGUCAUGAAACAGCCCACGCAGGUGCUCGACUAAACAGAUUUCUACAUGUUCUAUCACACACAUAGGAAUUACAUGACCAACAGGCCAUAUCAGGGGCAAACUGAGAGCUUGCCUUGUUUCCCUACCUCAUAUAAAUGAGAUUCUGUUGCUACUAGUAGAGUUUCACAGCAGAUUUCCCUGUUUUUCCUCACAUCUCCCCUUCUGCUAGCUGUUUGCCCAAGUAAUUUUUCUGUGUAAUCCAUACCUCCCCAAAGGACCUCAUGUGAUGCUGCUUUGCCAGGCUGGGCAGACAACUGCUUAGAUUUUUCCCUUUAAAUUCAACAUCCAGCUCCUUUUCACUGCAUCUCAGGGGGCAGCUCGUAUCACAGGCUUGUCAACUCUGUCAUUUCUUCAGUCAGGUGAGGUCUAAACAUGCAGCUCCUUCAAGACUUGUGACAGCUGUCAGAAUGUAGCAACCUGACUUGCAAAACAAGCAAGUAGGAAACAUUUCAAGACAUUAAUGCUACCAUCCCAUCUUCCUCAGCUGUGAGAGUUAAAAUAAUUUAAAUUACAAUGCCUGGUCUACACAUGGGUGUGCAACAGAACAGUAUGUAUUAUCUUGGAUGAGACAGCGCAUGAAAAAUCAUGAUUACAUACUACUGGACAAGGAGCAGCUACUAUUAUUUACAUCAUACUAAACCAAAUUAGUCAGAAUUUAAUUUGUCCAAUGAAAUCACUAACCCUGGCUGGGAGGUAUGGGGGGACAGAUCAGUGGGGGUUUUAAUCUUCUCGGGUCCCUUGUAUGGAUGUAGGAAAAAUUUAAGAGUAUCAGCCAUGCUUCUCUUAAAUGGGGAAGAAAGUCUAUCAUGAACACAGGGGAGGGAGUUUCUUGUUCCUUCUUCUCUGAAAUGCACAUUACACUUUUGUGUUGCUUCAUAUAUGUCUCACACUGUGGAACAAUUAACAAGAUCAAAAGUUUUCCCGGAAUCUGUUGGUAAGGAUUUCUUAUUCAGAGCAGUUGUACACUUUAUAAGCAGUUUCCCUCUGAUAUCAGCCAUCAGCUAUUGCAAAGCAGAAGAGGAAAAGCCAGUAGUAAGAGGGAAGCCAACAGAAAUACAGCAAGAUUUGUGCCCUCCUUUAGUAUGCCCUCCAUUUUGUUUGCAAGUGACAGCAACUUUAAAAUACCAUCAGGAAAUGUUCCCUUCAGCUCUUGUCAUAGAGCCAGAGAUUUUGAUGAACAGAUUGCAACAGGCACAGGACUCACUGUUUAUUUAAAAAAUUGAAAGAAACUUUUAACAAAAUCAUGCCGAACAGUGAGGAUCUGAAAAAGCAGGCAGCACUGGGGCAUCAUAAGAGAAAGGCUCUGCAGGCCAUGACCAACCCAAGGGCGAGAUGUACAGGCAAGCACCUCCAAGUGGACAGCGAGACCUUGCUCAGCUUCUCUCAUCCAAAUAGUGAAACUGCUUUGUAAGCAGAUGAGCUUGUAAGUUAGAACUCUGAAACUUCUGUGCAUCCCAACAAGGUGCCCGGGCACCCAGAGGGCUCCAACAGUGGCACAGUUCACAAAGUUUUAUCUGAGAGCAACCACAGCUGCAAUCAUGGCUUGGAAGAAGCCAACCACUUAGCUGUAAU